GGUGUGUCUGCGGCCGGACAGAUUGUUUCCUUGAAGGUCUGGCUGAUCGAAGAUAUUUUACAGAAGAUAAACCAGCAUCUACCUUCUCAUAUAAGAAUUUUAGGGCUGAAAAGAGUGACAGGGAAAUUCAACUCCAAGAACAGAUGUGACGCCCGGACCUAUUCCUACAUGCUGCCGACGUUUGCCUUCGCCCACAAGGACGACACACGUCAGGAUGAAACCUACCGCUUGAGUGCCGAGACUUUGGAGGCCGUCAACGACCUCCUGGCCUGCUACAAAGGCACCCACAACUUCCACAACUUCACCUCCCAGAAGGGCCCCAAGGACCCCAGCGCCAAACGUUACAUCAUGGAGAUGCUGUGCGAAGAGCCCUUCGUGAGGGACGGCUUGGAGUUUGCGGUGGUCAAGGUGAAAGGGCAGAGUUUCAUGAUGCACCAGAUCCGUAAGAUGGUCGGCUUGGUGAUCGCCAUCGUGAAGGGCCAUGCCGCCAAAUCCAUUAUGGAGCAGAGCUGGGGAGAGGAGAAGGUGGACAUUCCCAAAGCCCCUGGGCUGGGCCUGAUUUUGGAACGGGUUCACUUUGAGAGCUACAACCAGCGGUUUGGGGACGACGGCCUCCACGAAGCCCUGGAAUGGGCAGAAGAAGAGGAGAAGAUUGCGGCUUUCAAAGAGCAGCACAUCUAUCCCACCAUUAUCAAGACGGAGAAGGAAGAGAGGUCCAUGAUGAGUUGGCUGGAGACGCUCUUCAACCAUCAGUUUGAUUCCACCAUCUCGAGGUUGCAGGAAGAUACCAGAGAUGCCAAGUCUGAUCCUGAAGGCAGCGAUGGAUGUGAAGACAAUUCUGAUUGAGGAUUUCAGGCACCCUUUGAUACCCUGGAUUCUAGUCCCUUUGGCCAGGAAAACCAAGCUUUUCUCAAUUAUGGAUAUUCCUUAGUCUUGAACCAAAUGAAAUGAUGCUUUCCAUCCUCACUGCAGCAAUGGAAAGGGAGACUGCUAGCUAGAACAAACACUGCUUAAAUUAUGCUCUAUAAAAAAUGAUUUUUUAAAAACAUGUCGGAGAAAAAUAAUUAUCGGACUCUUACUGAUAAGGGCAAGCCAUUAAGAAUGCUGUUCUCUUGGUUUUUCCCAAACAGCCAAAAUUAAUUGUUCUCUCGGAAAGCUUUCUGUGAUUAUUGGCUUAGCCGAAUAGUAAGGAUUUUGGAAACUCUUUCUUCCUUUUGUAAAAACAAUAUAUUUUUAAUUUGUUUUUUUUUUUUAAUUUUCACUUUCUCAUAGACCAAAUAAUGUGGUGGUUGAAACAAACUCUGGAUUGGAACAUCUGAGUUUCAUCUCCUUUUUUUUUUUUAGGAAAUUCUAUUUCAGGUUUUUUUUAAUGCUCCUUUUGGAAAAAAUAAUAAUAAUAAAAGCUUAUGACACAAGGUACUAAGGUUUUUAAAAAAUUAUUUCUAAUCCAGGCUGCAUGUAAUGCUGCCAUAACUUGGUUGAUCUGGGGGAAGGUCAGAGAACAUUCUCAGUGUUGGAAGCUAUCAAGAAAAAGAAGCCAGAACUAGUGGUGGGUUUCAAAAAUUUUUGGAACCUCUUCUGUAGGUGUGGUCUGCUUUCCGGGU